AUUCAGUAGCACGACUGAAGCAAACUUACAACCAACUUUAAUUCUAUAUUGGUAUCAAGAUUUGUCUAGCAUCCAAACCUAACCAUGUUUCCAGAUGAUCUAAUUUGGGAAAAUUGGAACUCUGAUGAGAGUCUGGAAGUCCCACCUAAUGCCGUUUGUGGAGGUAUUGAUGCUGAUAGAAGUAGGAUCUACAUUGGAAGAGUAUUUCACGAAAAUCAUUUGCUUCCUGCCAAGAUUAUACCCAAAAAGAAAAAUGCAUUUGUAGCCUACGGAGGCCAGGAACACAAAAAAUCAUCUGCCCAAAUUUUAAUUGAAAACGAUCAAAAUCGCUUUGAGUGGAUAGAAAAGCAAGGCCCCUCAAUUCCGCCAAAUGCUGUAAAGGGAGGAACAACAGAACUGGGAGAACCCUUAUACAUUGGACGUGUUUGGUUUAAGGGUUCAAAAACAAUAGGAAAAAUUCAUCCUAGCCACGGUUGCCUUUACAUUGCAUUUGAUGGAUUAGAAUACGGGUUUAAAAAAUAUGAAAUAUUCGUAAGAAAAGAAUAAACUUCUGUAUUUUGUACUCAGUUUACAAAAAAAGUAAUAAAUAGUAAGGAAUAA